AUGGUCCUCCCCCGCGGCAGCUCGGGCGCCCCGCAGCCCGGGUCGGCGCCCGCAUCGCCGCCUGCUCCUCGGGCGCGCCCGCCGGGGACCGCGGCGCCCCGCAGCCGGCCCUCGGCCGUGGUGGCUCGGCGGGCGAGCGGCGCGCCGGAGAGCGCGGCUGCCGGGCUCCCCGCCGCUGCCACACGCGUAAGUGCAGAGCAGGAGGCGCCCGGAGCGAGCGGCGACGCGGCGGCGGGGGGAGGGGGCAGGUCCCAGGGUCCUCGCGCGGCCCCGCCCUCGUCCCGGCUCACGGAGAGCGCCCCGGCCGCGAGCCCACGGCGACUCGGCGCCCCAGCGGGCGUGCCCGAGCGGCCCCGCGGCCCCGGCGCCCGGCCGGGGCGCAGGCUGCAGGCGGCGGCGGCCCAGGCGCUCCGCCUCCCAUCCGGCCGGCUAGGGCUCGGCGCGCCGGGGCGCGGGCCGCCGCUCCUUUGGGCCCCCGCGCCCGCGCGCCGCCUCCGGCUCCAACUUUACUUUCCCGGGCAGGGCGCCGGCGCCGCCGCGCGUCCUCCUCCUGCUCCUCCUCCUGCUGCUCCCGGCGCGGGCGCCCCCCGCGGUCCGCGCUCGGCCGUGCGGGCGCCGCCUCGCCUGCCUCGGCUCGCCGGAGCUGCGCCGCCUCUGCCUUCGCCUCCGCCGCCGCCGCCGUGCGCUCGGCGCGAGUGUCGCCGCCCGGGCUCGGCUUCCAACUUGGUGGCUGGAGGGGAAAGGUCGCAUGACCCAGUCCCGGCCAGCAAGAGCUCCCUGAGGACAAGCAAGAGAGGUACGAGAGGACUCACUGCCUUCCCUCCUGUUUGGUCAUGUGUGAGGAUGUGAUGCCUGGAGCCACAGCAGCUCUCUUGGGACCAGGAGGAGCUGACUACAAAGAUGACAACCCUCAGAGGACAAAGUCUGUGUCCCUAAUGCUGUUGAUCUUGAGCCUCUAAAGGAACUCACCCUGCCGCCAGCCUUUGGCCAGAUUUCUUGCCCAGGGAGGCACUGAGUGGCCUCGUUAUUCAAGGGCUUUGGGGAGGAGGGUUCCGCUGCCGCUGAAUGUACCCUCGUGGAUUUGCUGUCCCCAGCUCGAUCCUGCCUCCUUUGAGAAUCACUGUGCCAGGCUGUGGUCGGCAAAAUAACACCCCCGAAGACAUCCAUGCCCUAAUCUGGAAAACGUGGGCCUGUGUGACCUUACAUGGCAGAAGGGACUCUGCUGAUGAGAUUAAGCUCAGGCCUCUGGGAUGUGGGGUUACCCUGGAUUAUCCAAGUCAACCCCACAUAUAAUCACGAGGUCCUUCCAAGUGAAUGAGGCAAGCGGGUUGGCAUUGGAGGAGAUGUGGCAGCAGAAGCAGAGGGUGGAGUGAUGGAAGGAGGGCCACGAGCCCAGGAGAGCGGGCUCCUCUAGAAGGGAAAGACGAGGAGACGGAUCCUUGAGAAUCUAGAGACCAGCCCUGCCAGGCCAUUUGUGCUUCUGGACUCUAGAACCACGAGGUAAUAAAUCUGCUGUUAGAA